AUGUGGCCGGCUCUGUUUCCGGGCGCUCCCUCAAACUAUCUCUACGAAGUCCAGCGCAUGGAGCUCUUCCGCGCGAUGAGUCAGCAGCAUCAGAGACAGCUUCCUGCAUACCCGAUGCCAUCAAUCCAGUAUCCGGACUACAUGGCCAGAAUGCCGCCGGAGAUCCCUCUUGCAUCGCAGCUCGACGAGCUCGCGCGCUCGUGCAAUGUCAGCAUCGCUGAAACUCCCUACACACCGUACAACAUGCAACCAGAGUGCUCGUCGACUACACACGACGCAACAUUGACCUCAGCGGCUGCUGCUGCGGCCGCCGCCGCCGCCGCGAAACUGUUGGAUGCCGAGGAACAGGCCGUGAUGAGCCGGAAACCGAACUGCGCUCGUUGCCGAAAUCACGACUUCAAAGUGGCUGUGAAAGGCCAUAAAAAAUCAUGUCCAUUCAAGGACUGUGAGUGUGAAAAGUGCAUCCUCAUAAAAGAGAGGCAAGUCCUCAUGAAAAACAACUCAGCAUCAAGCAGAAAGAAGCUCUCGCCGACGUUGCCGUUUCCGUACGUGCUCCAUCUGUUGAAGAGUCUCCGGCGGUUCCGCGGACAUCCAGCACCAACGCCACCGAAGGACCCGAUCGUCGCCGCAGCCGCCGUCGAUCGGCAUCCGUACAGAAAUAUCAACUCCGAUGAGCAUCACCAGAGGGCUCUGCGCCCGAUGAAAGGCCUUCGCAACUCGCAACAACCACCGCCGCUGGACUCGUUGCCGCCGCCACCACCACCGCCGCCACCGCCGCUGCCGUUGUUACCAACAGACAGACUUCUCCACGAGCUCGCGAACACACAACAUAGACAGACGGGGAAGCAGUCGGCUCCUAUGGCGGUCGCAAUGAAUCUAUUGUUUAGCGAAUAUAUGGAUGCAAUCAAGCACAAAAUCGACGGUCUGACGAUAACUAGGAAAGAAGCCGUUAUUAUGGGUUUGUGA